AGUCUCUAAGGUGCACAGGACUCCUUGUCUCCGAUGGUUCAGUGCUUCAGUAGACUCCCGUUUGCUGUGGUUCAGCUGCUAGCCUGACACUGCUGUUACUGUGAUUGGUAAAGGGUUAGGAGAUGCCUGCGCUGUAGCAGCAUCCCGUUUGUGACUAGUAGAGCUCACAGGCACCCAGGUGUGUGCUCCGGAGUCCUGGCCAAAUUCCAGCCUGAGUAAUUCUGUUCCAUCUCCUUAAAUUCUCCCUGUCGGUUUCAUUUUGGAGCAGGAUUCUUCUUCUCUGCAGGACAGUUGCUAAGGAGAGGUGUUGCCACAGGCUGUCAGACAGCUGUCGCCCUCACUCCAGGAGCGGCUGUGUCUUUGCUGGGUGUAGGGUUUCUCUGCGCCGUCUGCAAGUGAACGAGGCUCUAGGGUACAUCUCUGCUGGCGUGGGUAUCUAAUUACUUUCACUUGAUGCCAAGCUCUCUCAGCACGCUGGCUAGGAAUCCCAUGGGCCAACCUGCAGCUAUUUCAUUAGGGCAGAGGGGUCUUGUUGCUGUGACGGGCUGAAAUCGCUCUACUGCCGGGCUUGGAAAACCGAGUUUCCUUCCUUCAGUGGGCACGGGGGCUCUGUUUUCCCUCCUCUCCUUCAGUCGGCUGCAGCGCUGCCAUGGGAAACACCACCAGCGACCGCUUGUCUGGGGAGCGCCAUGGCUCCAAAUCGCACCGCUCUGAUGGGGCCAGCAGCACCCACUCCAGCAAGGAGCACCCCCACAAGAUCAUGGUGGGCAGCACUGACGACCCCAAUGUUUUCAGCACUCUGGACUCCAAGCUUGCCGGCGAGAAGGAGUUUAUGUCGUGGCAGCAUGACCUGGAAGAGUCGGUCAAGCCUUCGCAGCAGGCUCGUCCCACUGUCAUCCGCUGGGCUGACGGAGGCAAGGAGGUCUUCAUCUCUGGGUCCUUCAACAACUGGAGUGCCAAGAUCCCACUCAUCAAAAGCCACAACGACUUUGUCGCUAUUCUGGACCUGCCCGAGGGCGAGCACCAGUACAAGUUUUUUGUGGAUGGCCAGUGGGUUCACGACCCUUCCGAGCCUGUGGUCACCAGCCAGAUGGGCACCAUCAACAACCUGAUUCACGUCAAGAAGUCGGACUUCGAGGUGUUUGAUGCGCUAAAGGUGGAUUCUCUGGAGAGCUCAGAGACGUCCUGUCGAGACCUGUCUAGCUCCCCGCCAGGACUCUAUGGCCAGGAGAUGUACGUGUACCGCCCCGAGGAGCGCUUCAAAUCCCCGCCCAUCCUUCCUCCGCACCUCCUCCAAGUCAUCCUCAACAAGGACACCAACAUCUCGUGCGACCCAGCUCUGCUGCCGGAGCCCAACCACGUCAUGCUCAACCACCUCUACGCCCUCUCCAUUAAGGACGGCGUGAUGGUGCUCAGUGCCACUCACCGCUACAAGAAGAAAUACUUCACCACUCUGCUAUACAAGCCCAUCUGAGCGGGGCCUGGCCACGCAGCGCACCAGAGCCGCCACGCUGUCUGCACGCACGGCACCCGACCACCGGAGAGCGGGG